AUGCAUAAAUCUGCAACACUAGACUCGUUAAAUUUACAGACAACUUCUACUACGUCAGUCUUAACAUCGACAACAAAUCCAGAUGUUAAACCUAAUUCUUUUUCUAAACCAUAUAGUCGUAUGGCAAUUCUUCCUACACCGAAUCGACCAGUUAGAUUAUUAACAUCUGCUAAAAUUCAAUCUUGUAUUAACGAAGGUACAUCAAUGAUAACUACUAAUGCAGAUACAGACAAACAUCUUGAUUCAGAUCAUAAAAUUCAUUUUUUACUUGCUAGUGAACAAAAUUCAUCAGAAGUAUUGAAUAAAGUUGAAAAUCCAUUGAAUCAAGAAGAUCAGAACAAAGAUGAAGAAAAUGAAGAUAAUUUAUUUGAUACAUUUAUUUGUAGUAAUUUUGUUCCUUUUUCUGGAACGCAAGCAAUCGAUCAAUGGUUAGAUGAAACAGAUGCUUUAUUUACUCGAUUCAAAAUUUCACGUAAACUUCGAUUUAAAGCUGUAUCUCUUCUUGUCCAGGGUGAAGCUAAACGUAAAUAUGUAAGAAAUCGUCAAUAUAUUACAUCUUUUGAUGAUUUUUACAAAUUUUUGUUAACACAUUAUGACACAAUUCCUUUAGUAUCUAGUAGUUCAAACCCUAGUUAUGUUGAUCCUAUAUCUGAUUCUGCGAAAAAUACUGUAUGUGUUAGUAAAUCAAUUACUGAACUUAAAUCGAAUGUUGCUAGUUCGAUUGAUUCUAGUCAAAUAUCACAGUCAUGUGUUUGCCGUUCUAAUCAUACUGUUGCUAAUGACACCACUAAUGUAAAUAGUGAUAUGUCAGAUCUUAAAUCAACUGGAAAAAAUUCGUCUUACGACACUCUACCAUUAGAUUCAGUUAUGACUGAUUUACGUAAAGCAAUUGUAGCGGGUUUUAUUAAAAAUCCGAAAAUUUUUGGUGGUAAUAAAGAUGAUGUGACAAAAUGGUUAGAAGAAAUUGAUCAUCUUGUGCAAAUCACACAUGUUCCUGAUUCAAAUCGACUCGAUUUGAUCUCGUACUCUUUAAGAGGGGAUGCUCUUCAAUAG